CUCCUCGAUGCAUCGUCGUGCACAUAGUUGAGAGAGUGCUACGAUAAAGACAUGGACAGUGGUGUACGCUGCUUGUGUGUUGACUAAGUUAUUAAUCCGUUCCCAUCCCCCUUCGCAGCGCGACGCACCUUCCAAAGGAUGAAUAAAUGCCACCGCUCACCGCCUACUGGGAAAACAAAUAAUGCUGCGUUACGACGCUGCGCCCCUCCGAAGCAGGUGCGAACGAGUGCCACCAAAGAGCAACCCAGCACCUCCCCAGAGCAUCCAACACUACCCGUUCCCCAACUCCCCCUUGGUCAUCCGCAUCUGGGAUGGUGGCAUGGCACAGUAUGGACAAUACUGCCUCGACUUUUUUGACCUAGUCAAUGACAUAGCUGUGAAUGCCCCCGAUGAUUACAAGAUUUGGCACAUUCCCUACCCCGGUCAGCUUACUUAUGGAGAGCAGCUUGUGUCCUGGGAGGCAGCCAUGCACGCGAGGAGAAGUACCAGCGUCCAGGAGGGAUCAUGGCUUGUGCUCACCCGUUCAAACGCAACUCCUCUCGGUUUCCAGAUUCCUUUCAGACCAAGAUCUAUGGUUAGGAUGGACUUUGCCGAACCUCACGCUGCCAUCUCCUAGAUAUGCUUGCCGACGAAGAUGUUCCGUCCGCGUGAGGAUGUGAAGGCCGGUCUGUUUCAGUGAUGGUGUGGUUGUGUGUCAUGGCGUCCAGGGGUGCCCAGAGGGCUU